CCCGAAACGGGUACAAACCCGACCCAAAAACAUAAAACCCCAACAUAUCUCCCAAACCCCCUACAAAACCAUCCCUCCACAGUUCCGAAUCCAUGUUUCUUACCAAACCUCCCCGUUCUCUGCAACUCAACAACCUCGUACACUGUCACAACUCCAUAACCAAACCCUUUCUUACACACAACAGAACUAUCUCUCAAUCUAUCAACACUCUUGAUUCAGGCCACAUAGAUGAACCAAAAAAGAAACUAUCCCAACUCUUUUCAGACAGAACUGAAAGUGGGUUUAGGAAAAGAUUGAUGAGAGAUGAGAGAGGUGUCUACAAAGAGCUUUCCCCGAGUAUGAUUGAGUUUUCUAGGUACUUGUAUGAACAGGGAUAUUUCGAAAGUGAUUCGAGUGUGUUUCAGAAUCAAGUGUUUGAUGCAGCCUGUUUAGGGAAUGUGUAUGGGCGUAAUUUUCUUAGGCAUGCCACGGAGAAGUUUGGCUGCAAAAAUCAAGAAAUUGCCAACUCUUUCAGAUGGUUAUCAGGCAGUGAGUUGAAAAGGGUUGCCCUCUUUGGUUGUCCGUCCCUCUCAAGGAAGGCUGUCUUUUCUGCCAAGAGAUUGCGCACUUUCUUCAAGAUACAGGAAAAUACAGUUUGCAGCCAGUGUGUUCUAAAACAAUCUUGCAAGUAUGUGAAUCAGAAUGUAUGGAACAGUAAUACCAAGAAUUUGUAUUUGCCUGCAGUAAUGAAUGUUAUUUCUCAUUAUGCCAUGGAGUCGGUACAUCCACAACUGUUAGUGCCUGAUGAGAUUAAGAUUAUUGUUGCUAGAUUGCUCAAGGUGGUUGUAAAGCUAAGUCAAACUGUUUCACAAGAUUAAUAUAAUAUCCAGAUGUUAAUUUCGAAAAUACUUUCUUGCUAGCUAAUCAUUUUGGUGGCAAUUCUUGCAUACAUAUCUUACAUGAUAUUAUCAAUCAAUUGUUUUGUCGUUGACAAGGGCUGAGAAUGAUGUUUAGGACCUGAUCAUACCCAUUAAAGCGUAGUUUGGCUGUUAAUUUGCAUGCUUAAGUAAUUUAAAGUUUGAUCAUCCAUAUUAGUGGAGAGGUAUCAUCAUUACAAA